UUUAUCUAAAUAUGUUAUACUUUCAUGUAUUAAAAGCCUUUAAUUUUCUGCUUCUGAUGAUGUUUUUAAAGAUUUUUAUUAUGAAAAAUUCUGCAAAAAUACAAACAAUAAAAUCACUCAGUGAAAUUAAGUAGGCCCAAAGACUAUACAAGUCAACGUACUUAUAUACAGUUAGAGUUGUCCUCAUGUGUGAUUUUAUAUUUUCACAGUUGAAUAUAUUUUGAUUUACUUCACUACCAAAACUCCGAAAACCUUUGGCAGAAUUAAAACUAGAAAAGUACUUAGCUUUAUAUACUUUUUCGUAACUAGUGUUCAUUACCUGCAUCAGUCCCUGAUAAUUUAAUCUUUCCUGUUCUCUUUUCUCCGUGUUAUAUUGUGCCGACCUAUACAUUGCUUCUAUAUACAUAUUAUUACUGGGUAGAUUCUGCAUAUGAGUGAAAACAUGGUAUCUUCUUUCUAAAAGUAUAUGACAGCUUAAUAUUACACAUUUUGGGUCCAUCCACUUUCCUGCACAUUUUCAUUUUAUUUUUCUCUUCAUCUGAAUUAUACUCCAUUUUAUACAAUUUUCAUUGUCAGUUCAUCUCUUGAUAAUUUCUUUGAUUCCAGUACUUUUCCUUUUGUGAUUAAAACAGCAAUAAAAUGGGGUAUGAAUGUCUUUAUAGUGGGGUGUGUUGUUCUCUGGGUAUAUGGCCCGGAGUUAAAGGGGUGGGUCAUAUGUUAGUGCUCUUUUCAACUUUUUUAAUAAUCUCUAAUUCCCACAUGACUGUAUUAAUUAGUCCAUCCUUCCAUCAACAGGGAAUAUGGCUGCCUUUCUCUCCAUAUCCCUCAAACAUUUGUCGUCAGGGUCUGUUGACAUUCAGGGAUGUAGCUGUGGACUUCCACCAGGAGGAGUGGGAAUGGCUGGACUGUGCUCAGAGGGCUUUGUACAUUGAUGUGAUGGUGGAGAAUUACAGCAACCUGGUCUUUGUGGAGAACUAUUGCAAAUAUGAUCCUGUCCGUCAACAUGUGAAGACUGAAAAGGAGUCUUGUCAGUGUACUGAGCUUGGCAAAGUGCUUCAUGACCCGUCCACAUGUGCACUUUAUAGAACAAGUGAAACUACAGAAAACUCUAAUAACUACAGGUGCAGUAAUCACAGCGAUGCCUCUAUUGACUCAUCAAAUCCAGACAGACAUGAAAGCAUGCUCCCUGGAGAAGAACCUUACAAAUCUAAAGAUUGUGAGAAAACUUUAAAUUUGUGUUUCAACAUUUCUCAAGGUCAGAGACUCUACACUACAAAGAAAGAACACAGGCAGCGAGAAUAUGAUGACUAUUUCAGCGCUGCAUACAGUCUUUUGCAACAGCCAAUCUACAUUGGAGAGAAACCACACCAGUGUGGAAUGUGUGGGAAAUGCUUCAGUACUGCCUCAAACCUUAGUGUACAUCAGAGAAUACACAGUGGAAAGAGACCCUACAAGUGCAAUGUUUGUGAAAAAUCUUUUACCCAGCGUUCAACUCUUAAAAUACAUCAAAGACUUCAUACUGGGGAGAAACCUUACAAAUGCAAAGAAUGUGGAAAGUCAUUUCGUCAGUUGUCAGGAUUUAAUAACCAUCAAAAAUUGCAUACUGGAGAGAAGCCUUACAAAUGUAAGGAAUGUGACAAAUCCUUUGCUCACUGGUCCACUCUCAAGAGACAUCAGAAAAUGCAUACUGCUGGGAAAUAUUAUAGUUGUCAAGAAUGUGGCAAGGCCUUUCAUCAGCUUUCACACUUUAGAAGCCAUUACAGACUCCGUACUGGAGAGAAGCUUUACAAGUGCAGUGACUGUGACAGAUCCUUUACCCACUAUUCAUCACUGAGUAGGCAUAGGAAAACUCAUUCUCUAGAGAAGGUUCACACAUGCAAAGAAUGUGGUAAGUCCUUUCUUGAAUUAUCACUUCUUAACAGGCAUUACAGAAUCCAUGCUGGUGACAAACCUUAUAAAUGUGAGGUCUGUGGCAAAUCCUUUACCUUGAACUCAACUCUUAGAAGACAUCAGAAAAUCCAUACUGGGGAGAAACCUUACAAAUGUAUGGAAUGUGACAAGUCCUUUACCCAUUAUUCAAAUCUUAGAAAACAUCAGAGAGUUCAUACUGGAGAGAGACCUUACAGUUGUCAGGAAUGUGACAAAUCUUUUGCCCACUCUUCUGGUUUAAAGACACAUCAGAAAAUUCAUACUGGAGAGAAACUUUACAAAUGCAAAGACUGUGACAUGUCCUAUAUCCAUAUUGCAAGUCUUAGAAUACAUCAGAGAGUUCAUACUGGAGAGAGACCUUACAGAUGUAAGGAAUGUGACAAAUCCUUUACCAGUUGCUCACAACUUAAAAGACAUCAGAGUGUUCAUACUGGAGAGAAACUUUACAAAUGUAAGGAAUGUGACAAGUCUUAUACUAGCUGCUCAUAUCUUAGAGCCCAUCAGAAAAUUCAUACUGGAGAGAAACUUCACAAAUGUAAAGACUGUGACAUAUCCUUUAUCCAUAUUGUAAGUCUUAGGAGACAUCAGAGAGUUCAUACUGGAGAGAGACCUUAUAGAUGUAAGGAAUGUGACAAAUCCUUUAUCAGUUGCACAGAUCUUAGAAGACAUCAGAGAGUUCAUUCUGGGGAGAAACCUUACAAAUGUAUGGAAUGCAACAAGUUCUUUACCCAGGACUUUAAUCUUAGAAAACACCAGAGAGUUCACACUGGAGAGAGACCUUACAGCUGUCAGGAAUGUGACAAAUCCUUUAUCCAAUCUUGUGGUUUAAGGAGACAUCAGAAAAUCCAUCAUGGAGAGAAAGCAUAGAAAAGCAAAGACUGACACAUCCUUUAUUCAGAGUUCGAAAUGUAGAACAUAUUUGAGGGGUUGGGGAUUUAGCUCAGUGGUAGAACACUUGCCUAGCAAGUG